GUUCGAGGGCACAGAGCCCCGGGUGCCACUCCCAGGAGAGCCCCUCCCUGCCGAGGCAGCAGCUCCAGGGCCCCUCUGUGGCACAGGAGGAUGGAGAUGCCCACGGGGAAGGCAGAGCCCAACUCCAAUCCAGCCCAGGGAAUGCCAAGCCCCUGGUUCCAGGAGGGAUGGGGGACAGUGGAGGAGGAGGAGGAGGAGGAGUGGGGAGCCUGCAGCCCCCGGGAGCUGUGCCAGGGGGAACGUGGCAGAGCCCCACUGCUGUCCCAAGGGCUGUGCCAGGGGAAAGCCAACGGAUACAAAGAUCUGUCCCAGUGGUCAGAACUAAUCGACCGGGAGAUGUCCCAGAUGGAAGAAUUCAUUGAGCAGCAGCCCUGCCCAAGGAAAGCCAGGAGACACCAGGAACUGUGCCAAGGGCAGGGCAAUGGACACAAAGAACUGUCCCAGUGGGAAGAAUUAAUCAACCAGGAGAUGUCCCAGAUGGAAGAAUACAUUGACCAACAGCUGUGCCAAGGGAAAGCCAAGAGACACCAGGAGCUGUGCCAAGGGCAGGUCAGUGGGUACAAAGAACUGUCCCAGUGGGAAGAAUUAAUCAACCAGGAGAUGUCCCAGAUGGAAGACUUCAUUGACCAAGAGCUGUGCCAAGGGAGAGCCAAGAGACACCAAGAGACAGCCAGAGCUGUGCCAAGGACAAGCCAAGAGACCCCAGGAGUGGUGCCAGGGGGAGGUCAGUGCACACAAAGAUCCCUCCCAGCCACCAGGAAAUAA